AUGCACGCAAAGAGCAACUUCACGAUUGCGUCGGUGCUGCUGUUCUACGUGGCCGUCGGACUCAUCCUGUUGGACGGCAGCCAAUGCCAGGAACAAACAGGCGGGGGCCUGCGCUUUCCAAAUUUGUUUGGCGGACUCAACAAUCCAUUUUCGCUGUCAAACCUUUUCCGCCAGCAAAGGCAGCCACAAAAUCAGGUGCCGCCACCUCCGCCACCUUCUCCCGCCUUUUCGUCAAAUCCGCAAUUUAGCCUCGUGCCACCACCGGUCUUCCAACAGCCACCACCAGGCCAGCCUUUCAACGCUUUCGUUCCAAACGCACAAGGUGCUCCGCUACAGCAGCAAUUUGCACAGCCGCAGCCGAUUGGAACGCCGUUCGUUCAACAACAACAUGCUGGCCAGUUCGCAGGGCCGCCACAGCAACCGCAUCAAAUUUCACAGCCUAGCGAUCAGAUUUUUCAAGCCUUGCCGGCCCAGCAGCAACCGCAAUUAACUCCAGUCGCUAGUGGCUUUACACCGUCCAUCGUUUUCCAGCCUCCGCAGCCGUUCAAUAGCAACAACAACCUGGUGCCCAACAUUCUUCCGAUUGGUAACAUUCCCCUGCAGCCGCAUCCAACUCAGAUUCAACAACCUUUUCAACAACAACAACAGCCGCCACCUCAGAAGCAACAACAACCGCCUCAACAACAACAACAACAGGCUCCAAAAGCCUCUCAACAACCCAUUAUCAUUCCCAGUUUACCAGGUCCACCUCCGGCGCAGCAAAUUGCAGCGAGUCAGCCGACACCGCCAGUUCUUUUGCCUGCCCAGUUUGCUCUAUCGAGUAACACUCUUCAGCACCAACAUCAUCAACAGCGUCAUUUCUUGCGUCAAGGAAAGACGAUUAGCACAAUCCAUCGCGAUAGCGCGGCCAGUGCCUCUAGUCACAGUGAAAACGUGAUCGACUGCGGAGCUGGUAACGAUCUCGGUUUCUGUGCCACUUCGGACAAAUACCCAAGGUAA